AUGGCCGACUCACCGGAUGCCCCGCUCAUGGGGCGCGUAGAAGGAGAAGACCACGAUGGCCUCGCGGGCGCAGGCCACACGCGGAUCGCUAAACUGGAGAAAGGGGGCCCGGGGCUGUUUGUCUGGACGCUGACGGUGGCGGCGGGGAUCAGCGGGUUGCUCUUUGGAUACGACACGGGCGUGAUAUCGGCAACCCUCGUAUCGAUCGACAGCUCGCUCUCGAACCGACCCCUCACCUCGCUAGACAAGUCCAUCAUCACCUCGUCGACGGCGCUCUUCGCCCUCCUCAUCUCGCCCCUCUCCUCCGUCCUCGCGGACCGCCUCGGGCGCAAGCGCGUGAUACUCUUCGCGGACUUACUCUUCACCGUCGGCGCCGUGAUGCAGGCGUGGUCGACCACGGUGACGGGCAUGGUGCUGGGCCGGUGCGUAGUUGGGGCGGGGGUGGGCGCGGCGUCGUUCGUGGUGCCGCUGUACAUUGCCGAGGUGGCGCCGGCGGCGAGCCGGGGCAUGCUGGUGACGACCAACAUCCUCUUCAUCACGCUGGGCCAGGUGCUGGCCUACAUCGUGGGGUGGCUCUUUGCCGAGCACGCGGCGCGGGCGACGGGGUGGCGGUGGAUGGUGGGGCUGGGCGCGGUGCCGUCGGUGCUGCAGGCGCUGGUGCUGGGGUUCAUGCCCGAGACGCCGAGGUGGCUCGUCAUGAAGGGCUUGUCGGACGAGGCCAAGGGCGUGGUGCAGAGGAUCUCGGGCGGAGGUGCCGGCGGCGGGAGCGGAGAUGGGGACGAGCAAGGGGCGGCGGUGAGGUUGGCGGAUGCGGUCGUCAAGGAGAUUGAGGCCGAGGUGAGGGAGGAGCAGGUGGCGCGCAGGCUGAGGGGUGGCGAGGAAGGGUUGGCGGCGAUGUUUAGGGAGCUGCUGACGGUGAAGAGGAAUAGGCGCGCGCUGGCGAUUGCGUGCCUGCUGCAGGGGUUGCAGCAACUGUGCGGCUUUAACUCCCUCAUGUACUUUUCCGCCACCAUCUUCACCAUGGUGGGCUUCCGCGUGCCGACGCUCACGUCGCUCAGCGUGGCGGGCACAAACUUUGCCUUUACCGUGGUGGCCAUCCUCCUCAUCGACAGGGUGGGCAGGCGACGCAUGCUUCUGUACUCGGUGCCGUUCAUGAUGGUGGGCCUCCUCGCGUCAGCCUACGGUUUCACCCGCAUCGACCUCUCGUCGUCGUCAUCGAUGCCCCAAGGCCCAGACGGCGGCGACAACUCCGGGCAGCCGCAGCCGCAGCCGCCGUCGUCGGAUCGGCAGGCGGCGCUCCUGAUCCUGGCGAGCAUCAUGCUCUACGUGGCGUCGUACGCGCUCGGGCUGGGCAACGUGCCGUGGAUGCAGAGCGAGCUGUUCCCGCUGUCGGUGCGCUCGCUGGGUAGCGGGGUGGCGACGUCGACCAACUGGCUGGCCAACUUUGUCGUGGGCCUGACGUUUCUCCCACUCAUGGAGGCGCUCAGCCCGGCGCGCACGUUUACGCUCUACGCCGUCGUCUGCGCGGUCGGGUACGGGCUUGUGUGGGGGUGGUAUCCGGAGACGGCGGGGCUUAGUCUGGAGGAGACGGCGGCGCUGCUGGAGGGGGAUGAUGGCUGGUGA